AUGACAGAUGACGACAAAGGGACAUCUGCCUGGUACAAGGUUCCGGUAUGGGACGGAAAUCCUUCUGGUUUCCGCAGCUUCAAGCGUGAAAUGGAGUGGUGGAAAGCGAGUUUGGACCCCAUCAGCUGCUCCAAGUUCAACGUAGCUGCCCGUUGGACUUUGAGACAGACAGGACUGGUGAGAGCGCGGGCUGAGGAGUUUUCUCCCUCUGAGCUUGAAGGCAAAAAGCCAGUGGAAGUUGAGGAUCCAGAAGGUGGUGAAAAGGUUGUGAUUGAAGAAGGCGAUCCUUUUGCUGGUUUGGAUAAACUUAUGCAAGCUCUUGAGGAUUCGCUGGGAAAGACGGCAUUAGACAAGAAAGGAGAUCUUCGAAAGCAGUUUUAUCAAGAUCUUCGAAGGACUGCCGGUGAACGGAUCAGCUCAUUUUGUUCGAGAUUUCGGACAUUGGUUGGGGAUAUGCGUCGUGAAGGUGUAGUUCUUCCAGAUGAGGAACUUGGUUGGUUUCUUCGAAGCCGUAUGGGCCUGGAUGCGAUUCGACUUCAACUUUUAGACACUGCGCUGGCUGGAAGAGAGAGGUACGAAGAUGUGGAAUCAGAAGCUCUUCGUCUUUUCAGAGACCUUCAUAGUGAAGAUCCAUUGCAUAAGCAGCGACAAGAGCGCAACCCCCUUCUCCAGCGUUUUCUGAACUCGAAUUCAACACCAUCAACGACGACCAGGUCUUCCUUUCCUUCAAGCUCAGCUUCUUCCGUGGCAGGUCGAUCUUUCAGAUCAGGAUCAUCUAUGCAGUCACAGCGCUUUGCACCUCGACCGAAGCCAAGCAUGCAUCCUGGAGGUCGUGCUGCAUUGGUUGCCGAGGUCCCCAUUGAUGAGGAGCACUAUGAACCUGAAGAUGAAGAGUUGAUACCGGAUGAUUCCGGUGCACACCAGAAUCCAUCUUCUCUUGAGGAAGUGCUUCAGAGUGAGGCCGAAGUGCUGGCUGCGGAGAUUGAAGCCAUGGAGGAUGAAGGGAUCGACCAAUCCCUGAUAGAUGGACUUGAACAAGGAAUUGAUCAAGCUGCUGAAUCCCUAGUUACUAUGAGGGAAGCUCGCAACAAGAUUGCAGAGAUUAAAAAAGACCGUGGAUACGGAAAGAUUCCAAAUGCCAAACCCCAGAUGCAUGGGAACCAAGUGGCUGCCAAGAAAUCCAAAACGUUUUGCUGGGAUUGCGGCCAAACAGGCCAUUGGAGUGGAGACGCUGGAUGUCCAAAUCCUGGUCAGGGUUUGUACAAACCAAAAGCGGCUGCCAAGAAGCCGGCCAAACAGGUUCGAGUGACAGAGGCUUUGAACACUGAGCACAUCCUUGAGGACCAGAUGCCAGCGACAUCACCUCCCGACCAGCACGAAGUGAUGGUGACGCAGCAUUUGUUGCGACCGAGUUCCCUUCAGGAAGCCUUGGACAAAGAGCACGAGGCCAAUCAAGUUUCACAGAGAGCGUUGGCAGUGGACAAACAGCUGGUUGGCGCUCUUGACAGCGCGUGCAAUCGAACGUGCAGUGGCAACAUUUGGAUUUCGCAGUAUUUAUCCACUUUGUCCACGGCACCUGAGGCAAUUCGCAAUUUGGUUCGAAAAGAGCCAGAAGAGGAGAUUUUUCGUUUUGGAGAUGGAGGAGUUCAGACCAGCAAGUUUAGAUAUCGACUUCCUAUGGUGGUUGGAACUGAUUUGGUUUUGACAUGGAUUUCGGUGGUACCUGUACCAAGUCUGGGUUUGCUGCUAGGUCGUGAUUGGCUAGAUGGUAUCGGAUGUGUUUUGAGCUUUGCCAAGAAGGUCAUGCGUGCUGAUCACCUUAGUGGUCGACUCAUCAACCUCCAUCAGAUCUUGGCAGGACAUUUUGCGCUGCCCUUGGUCCCUCGUCAAUGGCCAGCUCCAGGUGCGCUCAAGUGGCGUCGGGUUGGGCUUGAUGGCGUUUUGGAGUUGCAGAUUUCACAUCAUGUUUGGCUUCAUCGCAAACUUCAUGCUGAAUCGUUUGUUGCACCAACCCCCAAUCAUGAGCAUGAGCACCUUGUCACUGAGCAGAGCGUCAUGUUGGCAGAUAUUCGUUUUUCUGGUUUGGAUGCAAGCAGCAGAUGUCAUUCCAUUUCACAUGAUGCCCUGGUUCAAGAGAUGAACGGCUCCAAGUUUUCCGAAAUUCGUGAUCCACCCUCAACUUCGGCAAAUGGCGCCGCCUUUUGCUGCGCGCUCAAGAAAGAGCCCUAUGGCACGCCCCAUGGAAUUUGGCUCUGGCUGCUGCGGCGGCCUUUCUUGCGUUGUCUGCCGCUGCCCUAUCCAGCAGUGGGCACUUUGAAAGACUGGGGCAGCCAGAUGUCUCAGAUGUUGGAGGCUGGAGCAAUCACCAAGCGAUGCGUGCAAAAAGUCAAGAGCGACAAGUUGAUGACCUCCGAAGCCCUUCGAGAUUGUUGUUGGCUUCGGGAUCGCCUGGGACUGCGAGUGGCCUUCAUGGAAGAUCCAAUCCUCCCUGGACUCAUGGCAGCCCGUGGAGCAAAAGGUCUGGCGACCAAGAUCAAAGAAGCCGCUUCCCGCGAGGAGAAAGAGAAGGCCAAGCAAUUGCGAGAGAAGGGUCAACACUUGCAAGCAGUUCGAGAACUGAUUGGUCCUCGAGGUGGCCUUCCUCAUUUGCGGGGAGAUUUGAUCAAGUUAGCAGCUCUUCUUCAAAUCAACAUGCCAGACAAAAGCACCAUCGACGAGCUCAAGACCAAGAUCAAGCCCGUCGUUCAGACCCUGAUGGAAUCCUCAGCCAAGCCCGAGUCCGGAAGCAGUUCAAGCCACCAAAUUCCAAAGCCAGUUCCAAAAGCCAAGUCGCCUCCGAAGCCCUUGCCAGUUCAGGAGGCAGAUCUGCAGAGAGUUCGGCAAGAAGUGCAAAAGGACAUGCAAAAGAUGUUGCAGGACCAGAGCAAUCGUUUUCAAGAGAUGAUGUAUCGGCAGAUGCCGGAUGGUCGAACCCUGCACGAUUUGGCCUUCGGAGACGAUCAAGUUCCGAAUCAAUGGGACGACUUCGAGUCACUGGAAGGCCCAUAUUGGGAGAACGAGUUGGAACUGCUAGCACCUCAUGGAUGGACAGCAGAGGAGAUAGACGUGGCUAUGGCAGAGGAAGUUCUUCAUGUGAUGCACCAGGAAUGGAAUAGUUCUAUGCAGUCUUUUCUGAAUGAACCUUUCGUGAUGAAAAUUGACAUCACUCCUGAAAUGCCAGAGACCCUUGCGUAUAAGGAGGUCCUUGACACCGAGACCGCCACUGCCUAUAAAGCCACUCAGCCUUUGGUUGGUGAGAUCUACACGGCAACUGAGCAAAUUUCCAAACAAGCUCAACUGCGUGGUCAUCGGACAAGUGCCUCCAUGUCUCUGGAGAAUGGCUGGGACUUCCGAAAGGCAGAACAUCGGAAGGCAUGUAUCAAGAAGGUGUUGGAGGAGGACCCCUUUUGUUUGAUUCUUGCUUUUCCAUGUGGUCCGUGGUCACCAUUGACUCGUUUGAGGGCAAGCUCCACUUUGGAAGAACGCCGAAAGGAAGGUGAAGUGCUUUUGGACUUUGCACUGAUCCUUGCCAAGAUUCAAAGUCGGCGUGGAGGGCAUUUUGUGAUAGAAAACCCCAAAGGGAGCAUGGCUUGGAAUCUUCCUCAGAUGAUGCGCUUUCUUGAAGAAACCGGAUGCGCUGUGGUGGACUUUGAUCAGUGCCGGUUUCGAUUGAAGAGCCUUCGAGGAGUCCUUCAUAAGAAGCCAACACGCAUUGCCACGAGCAGUGCUGCAGUCGCCGAUGGACUUCGAGACUGCCUAUGCCCUGGUGACCAUCCCCACUAUCCAGUGAUGGGCGGAUCAAAGAUUACCAGCCGAGCUGGACACUAUCCUAUUCCUCUUGCAAAGAACAUUGUCAAAAGCCUUGAAAAGCAAUUUCAUCUUCAACAUGCCCAUGGACGUGAAGUACAUGCCGUGGAUGGUGAGGAAGCGGCAGGGGAUGACACUGCUAUGGAUGCUUUUGGCAGUGACUCUGACAUUUCGUCCAUUGCGGAGGAGGAUGAGGAUGGAGAAGAAAAGUCGCAGCGCGUGCCAGCAGCAAUUCGCGCAGCGGUGAAGAGGUUGCAUGAAAGCACCGGCCACAGAUCAAAUCGCCGUUUGGCAAGAGCACUUGUCAUUUCUGGCGCACCGAAGGAAGUUGUCGCAGCAGCGAAAUAUCUUCGCUGCAGCCUCUGUGAAGAGAAGAAGAGACCGAAGAGUCGUCGACCAGCGACGCUUCCAACACCAAAAGAUGUUUCAGACCAAGUUCACAUUGAUGUGGUUGAGAUGUUUGACAUCAACAACAAGCGUUUCUAUGUCGUUCACUGCAUUGACUGGACUUCAAGAUUUCAAAUGGCUGAAGCCCUUGAGCACAAGAGUUCAGAAGCCAUUACCAAGUGGUUUCGUGAGCGAUGGCUUCCAAUCUUUGGCGCUCCUAGAGUUUUGGUAGCAGACCAAGGGCGAGAAUUUGUGAGCUGGGAAUUUCAAGAACUAUGUGACCAGAUUGGAACCUUACUACACCACAUACCAGUCCAAGCCCCAUGGGCCAAUGGAAUUUGUGAGCGUGGAGGAGGUAUUUUGAAAGCCUUGGUGGAGUGCGGUGUCAAAGCGCACUCAAUACAAGGACUGGAAGAAAUCAACCAGAUGGUCCAGGAAAGCAUCCUAGCUUACAAUGCAGACGUGAACGAGAUGGGAGUGAGUCCACACCAAGCAGCCAUUGGUCGACAACCACGAAUGGUGGGCGACGUCCUAGGCUCAACGGGUCAGAGGCUGGCAGAGCAUGGGCUGAUUGACAGCCGUCCCAGUUUAGCCCGGCAGAUCGCUCUUCGCGAAACUGCUCGAGUCGCUAUGACUCGCCUUCAUUUCUCUCGUGGACUUCGCAAGGCGGAGUUGAGCAGAUCCAGAUCUUCCACCAUGUCUCAACCUUUGGAGCCAGGAUAUGUGAGCUUCAAGGGCCAGCUUACCAAAUGUGCCAGAGAACAUUUGAGACUGGCCUCUUCAAUGGAGCAGAUCAGUGCCGAAGUUUGGCAUGACUCGAUUCGAGAAACGAUCGUACCUGAACAAGAGCUUCAAGAUUUGCCUCCAGUCAGAGCUGAAGAAAUGGUCGCUGCUCUGGCGCCGGCAUCUCAUGAGUUGACAUCAACCCCUUUGAGUUCUUAUCAACAAAGUCUUGCAGCGAGUAGAAGAAUGUCUCGCGUGGAACCCUAUCCAACUUCAUUGCCUUCUCAGCCGACAGUAGAUACUUUUGGCGAAGCCCUCACGGAAGUCAUGAGAAGGGCUCGAGAAGCUGAUGAUGAAACCAAGAAGCGUGCUGCCUCUCUCGAACCAGAUGCUCUUCGAGAAGCCAGCCGAGAACAAGAACCAUUGGUACCACCACAGAGCGUUGAGCCCCCAGCUGGAAGUGGCUCCCAUGAUGUGCUGGUGACCAAUACAACAACUUCAACAGCCGACAUUGACAUCUUGAGCGGGAAGGAACACCCACUCAAGCUCCUUUAUGAUCAAGUUCAGCAAGAUGCCAAGAAUCCUCUAUACGAAGAUGUAGUAGAUCACGGCACUUGGUCAGGCAGAUGGCCGUUGCCCUCCAGAUCAACCUGGAUGGCUCAUGAGAAAUGCAAAGCGCUGUGGCCCUGCAGUUCACAUGAAGUCUUUGCUGCGAAGACGGCAAGGCGUGAAAUCAAAUGGAAGCAGAUACCCGAAGAGCAGAAGGAAGCUUUUCGACAAGCUGCUGCAGUUGGAUGGCAAGUUCAAUUGGACAAUGAUGCCUUCCAAGUCAUCCCUGAACCUGAGGCUACGCGCAUUAAAUCCAGACUCAAGGCAUCGGGUCAGCUCCACAAGAUCUUGGUGCCGCGGUUUGUUUUCACUGACAAAAAUGAUGGUGUUCGCAGUGAGUCGAACCCCAUGCCACUUCGUGCCAAUGCCAGGCUUGUCAUUCCUGGCUAUCAAGAUGAAACAGCUUAUGGUCUUCGAAAAGACGCACCCACUGCUACGAGAACUUCACAGCAUUUGCUUUUUCUGGUUGCGGCCUCUGAUGGUUGGCAUCUUUGGGCAGCUGACAUCAAAUCAGCUUUCCUGAAAGGCGAAGUCUUCGAAGAGGGCGAAAGGGAGCUUUACAUUUGCAACAUCCGUAUCCUCUCUGCGGAUGAACCUCUUCUUCCCCUUGGCAGUGGAAACCUUGCGAGAUUGCGCAAGGGCGUUUUUGGUUUGGCAGAUUCUCCAAGAAGAUGGUAUCUUCGUCUCCAUCGUUCAUUGACUCAACUUGGAUGGGAGCGUUCUGUGAUGGAUGCUGCCAUGUGGACUUUGCGAGAUGGUCAAGGUAAUCUGCAAGGAAUUGUUCUUUCUCAUGUAGAUGAUCUACUCCUGGGAGGAACUCAAGUCGCCUAUGAGAGCAUCCGCAAGCUGGGCGAGGAGUUGGGUUUUGGUUCUUUUGAGAAAGACAGUUUUACCUACUGUGGUAAGAAGAUAGAACGAAAUGAUGACCAUAGUAUAACUGUUUCCAUGAAAGCAUACCAUGAAAACCUGCACCCUGUUUCCGUGGUCACUCAUCGGAAGCAGCAGCUGGAUGAACCACUGACGCCUGCGGAGCAUCGCCAACUUCGCGGCCUCAUUGGAAGCAUGCAAUGGCUCGUGACCCAAGUGAGGAUUGACAUGGCCUUUCAGCUUUCAACGCUUCAAGGAGACAGACCCACUGUGAAGACGUUGCUGAAAGCCAACGCCCUGGUCAGAUUGUUCAAAUUGAACCCCGGGUUCAAGCUCACUUUUCAACCUAUGGAUUUGCGAGGCGCUGGCAUCACUGUCGUCACCGACGCUUCGUUGGGCAAUGUCACACGAACUGGAAGCGAUGAAGGAACUCUGAUGACAAAGACCUUUUCCCAGGCCGCAUAUAUGGUCCUGAUCGGAGAUCGGAAUUUGAUGGCUGGUCGAGAAGGGCAGUGUGCCUUCAUCGAUGGGCGUUCGCAUCGCCUCAGUCGAGUUUGCCGCUCGACGUGCUCCGCAGAGUUGCAAGGAGCUGAAGAAGCACUGGACAAUGGCGUUUUCAGUCGUGGGCUCUUAGCAGAUCUUUUCGGUUGGGACGUUUUGGACAAGACCCAGAACUAUAACAUGGCGAUCCCAUUGAACCUGGUCACAGAUGCCAAAGAUGUUUAUGACAAAGGGAUGACAGACACAGCAACAUACGGCUCACAGAAAUCACUGGCCUUCACCAUAGCAUGGAUGAGAGAAGUUUUCAGAAAGCCGCGGACGUCACUGAGCUGGACAUCCACUGAAAACAUGCCGGUGGACUGUGGGACGAAAGCCAUGGACACCUCCCACCUGGUGAAGAUUUUGAACACUGGACGGUGGAGUGUGACAUACAAUGCAUCCUUCGUGAAACAGAAUGUCACCAAAGAGGACCUGUGCUUCCCGGUCGUCUUUUGA